UUCAGAGACACAGAUCUCUUCCACCAAUUAAAACCUCAGAGGGUCUUACACAUACGCUAAGCAUUCAAAAAUCCCACUCAGACUACCAACAUGUGCCUCAGAAGGAGUCAUCUGUUCCCAGGGUCAGCCACAUCAUUGUUCAAGCAGGUUUUCAAUGUCAUGCUCAAAAACGAUGGAUUUGGUUACCAUCCCUUCAAAGUCAGCAGCCAACACCUAUAAAGGCAUUUACUCGUGCUCAGCCACCAAUUAAAGAUCUAUACCGUAGAUCAUGUGAACUAUCCAAUCUCGUCCUACCUCCUCAAAAAUCAUGCACACGAGAAAUGCCCAAACUCGUAUUGUAAAUUCUCGGCCCAAGGGCAGCAGUUACUUGGAUCUCAUUAGGAAAAUGGGCCACCUCAAUCUGCUGGAUUUGCCACAUUACUUACAGGUAAAGUUGUUAGAGAACACCCAAUUCCGCAAAGUCCUGUCAGCGCACCCUAUCGACAACAUACCCUACAGUGUUUUAUCUGAGGGUGUGCUGCUAGAACUGAUGAGGUGUCAGUUGUCUCCGCAGCUCCCUGCUAACCCUUCUCUGGAGGGAGUGGGUAUUUUCUUUGAUCCUCCUGAUGAUCUGACGUCCAAACAAGAGCCGAAAUGUCUGAUAAUGCCAAGACGCCCUCUGGAUUGGCCGGAACCCAGUACAUACGUGCCCAACAUGCACCGGAAGAUAGAGCCCUCUGAUCUGCCUGGCCCAAUGGUAAACCGUGUCGGCAAACCAAGCUUCAGGGAGUACGUGAUGAGCAAGCGAUCUAGCGAAUGGGGGGGGUCGUGGGCCAUCUUUGUUCGUGUGUGCGCGAGAGUGCCGGAGCGAGGGGUGAGUUUCCUUUUGUACAUGUUUGACGUUGAGAGCUGGAUAAUUUUACCUAAUCUUGACCUGCUGUUUGACCUAGCCUUCGUCCACUAA